CCGUGAUUGACCCUGUAGCGUGCGUCCCUCUUUCUGCUGUCACACACUCUCGUCUUUCUGGAUUUAAGAUGAUCUUUUUAAAACAGUGAAAUCAAGGCUAAACUCGUUUGGAAAUCAAGUAUAAUGGACAAGGUCUCAGGCCCCUGAUGCUGGCACACAUCCCUAUGAAUCAAGGAUGUCUUUAAUGGAGCUUCAGGACAAAAGUGAGAGUGUCUACAUGAGCGCUGGCCUCAGGAGACAGACAAGUGCUGAGAUAGUGUCAGAAGCUCGUCGCUCUCUCAGAACUCUUGCCACACAGCGGCCUUUCACACCUCAGGAGAAGCAACGGCAGCUCUUUGGAGAAUCAUCUUCUCGUGCACAUGAUGGACGACCACCAUCUGCAUUCAGUCUUCAUGCCCGACAUUUUGACGCUCCUGACUCCAGGCCUGGCUCUGGAACUCGUCUCAGCCCUCUGGAACAUAAACCCAGGCUAUCUGUGUCCCUGGAUGAGGAUGGCGGUGUCAAUGAAGCAACUCUCCCCAAACCCCCAACUGAGCGAGGGAAUGCAAGGAUAGGAUCAGGAGGUUCUCGAGCCAGACAGCUUAGAGCAGCAUCCAUAAACAGGCUACCACCCAUGACGCCAAACACAAAGAAUAUGUCUCUAGAGGCCAGGAUCGGAGCAGACCAACCAGGUGACAGAGAAAAGCUACAUUGUACUGAUGUUACAGAGCAUAAAACACAUAAAUCAUCCUCUGAAACAAACCUGCACUUACUUAUCAAACACAGGAUACCGCAAGAUGAUGUAUCCAGUGUAAGAGGAUCAAAACCAGAAGACAAGCUUGGGCAUGGAGACACAGGAGAUGACUACAUGGAUGAAUCUGUAUUCUGGAACACUAAAGUCCUUCCUGUCCUUCAAGAAUUUGAGUCCUUCGCACCAGGUGAUGACGUGUCAGAUGAGACUGUGGGAGAGCUGUGUAACGCAUGCAAUAGUCUCCAUGACGCCCUGGCAGAGAGAGGCAUGCUGAGAAGACAGUUUAAAAAGAGGUCUGCCAUCCUUAGAACACUCUUCAGACUUAUAGAUGUGGGAUCGGACCGACUUAACCUAACAUUAGCCAAACUUAUUCUGGCACUCAAUGUGAGUGGAAACAACUUGCUGAACAUCUGCAAACUGGUCUUCAAAACCAGCCGGAAUGCUACCAACGACGCCCUGUUCCUCAACGGCUGCAUCCUAGACUCCCUUCUGUCCCUGCUCCAUUGUGAGGAUGUGUGGAGUAAAGGUGAAGCCGUGCUGUACUGCAUCGGCUCACUGAAGCUCCUCUCAGGGAACAGCGCCCUCUCCAGGUGGCUGCUGUCUAAAGGCUUCAUUGGUGUACUGCUGCAGCUGUCAAAGAGACUGAUGCAUGGUUCAUCUACAUCUUCAGAUAACGUAACUUCUCACAGGUCAGCGGGAGAAGGUCAGCAUAUCAUUGCAGGACACAUACUGGUACAGGUCACAGCAGCUUUGAGAAAUAUAGCUGACCUGUCUGAGUCUCGGCCUUCAUUUCUGUCCAACAAGGCAUUCUCUACUCUUUGCUUGAUUCUGGAGAACCAUCGCAAUGACCUUGACAUCUGCGUUAAUGUGGCUCGAAUAUUCAGCAAACUGUCCACCUACACUGAAUGCUGUCAUGCGCUAGCUGAGACGCCACGCUGCUGCAGCCUAUUUUUGGACCUGCUAGGCAAACACAGCAGGAAACAGGAUCUGGUAGUGCGUCUCCUGUUCACACUAGGAAAUCUGACAGCCAAGAGCACUGAAGCCAGAGAGAGAGUCUAUGAGCUGGAAGGCGGGAUAGAUGUCCUUUUAGAUCUUUUUCAGGUCUACCAGGAAACCCCAUCGCCCCCAGAGAGAGAGGACGUCCUGGUCAAACUGAUCAGACUGCUGGCCAACCUAGCCAUCCAUCCUACCGUGGGCACGGCACUAGCUGCCAACACACUGUGUGUACAGCUGCUACUGGAAGUGCUGGAGUACAGGUGUGUGCAGGAGAGUGAAGAGUUAGUGAUUAAUGCCGUGGCCACCAUCAACAACCUGUCUUUCUACCAGGGCCAGAGCUCAGUGGUCCGUUCCCAGCACACACACAUCUCACAGUUGCUACUAAAGCUCUUGCUGAGCUCCAGUAUGGAUGCUGUUUUAGAGGCCACGCGUGUGUUUGGAAAUCUGUCUCAGAUCAAAGAUGUGAGACACUUCAUCAUGCAGCACAAAGUGGAGCAGUUUGUGGUAACCCUUCUAGACUCCAAGACCCCUGAUGUGUGUUUCUCUGCAUGUGGAGUUCUCAUCAACCUGUCUGCAGAUCCAGACAACAGGGCCACGCUGAGGGCCGAGGGAACCGUUCAGAAGCUUGUUGAGUGUUUGCGUGACUUCGGGCCUCAAGACUGGCAUCUGGCCGCUGUGGUGUGUCAGACUCUGUGGAACUGCUCUUUAGAUGGAGAGCUGCAACACACUCAAGAGCUGUUGGAGAUCUUGCAGCUCUACACAGACAAGGAAGCUUUGCAGUGGCCUUCUGACAAUGGAGUCAGACAAGUCCAGGAAGCAUGCUGGGAGCUGCUCUUUUUGCCUGUAGCUGAGAGGCUUAGACGGCGUUUUCAUAUUGAAGACACUACUGGCACCACUCCGUAAGCUCCACCAAUACACUACUCCUCCUCAGACGUCACACGCUUGUCUGUGUGUGUAUAAACCAACAAGCUGAGGAACAAACUAGUGUAUAUAUUGCACUUUAUCUCUUUCGAUGUUGUGAACGGUAACAGGGAAUUAGUCAAUUAUGACCUUUUUUUAAAUAAAAUAGUUCAAAUGCUUAUUACACAACCUUUCAUUGCUGUAUUAAGCUUAAAUAGGAAAAAGCAAGCCUGUGUUUUAACGCACAAGCAAAAAUCACUCACAAGCAUCUUAGUGAUCUCAAAGACUUUAUUAAACAGACACUUCCAGAAAAGUGUGUAAAGAACACAGAAUAGAAACAUUGUCAUACUUUCUUAAUACAUCACAUCAAACUAUAAUAUGGCACUGGCUUCCAUCCUCUUAAUGGUUACACUUCACAGCUACAGUCUAUACAUUAAGUUUACACAGCUGCCCUAAAGGUGAUUUACAACCAUGCCUAAAAAAACAAAAUAGGAGUUUAUUUACUGAGAUACAUUUUCCUUAUAGUCUUCAUUGUGUGAAGUCUAAAGCAUAAUAUCCAAGGGAGAUUUUCAGAUAUUUCAUUGUUGUUAAAAGGGGGGAAUCCAGCUUCUCACAUUAUUCUUUUAAAUGAGCAACUAUGGUGAUUUCCAUUUAAUGACCAUUUACUGGUACUAAAUGACCACCGGCCUCAACCACAAACAGGGAAAUUACAAACAUUAGGGAAAAUUUCCUUAUUUAUGCAAACAGGGAUAGUUCCUAGGUCAGCGAUAUUUCCUUUAAUCCUCGCUGUGCGAGGACGGAUUGCUGUUCAACUCUGUGUUUAAAUCAUUAGUGCACAGCAGGGGAUGCUUUUCUAUAGGCCUGUAGUGUCUGUGCUGAUACAUCACUUUGCUACGAGGCUCUCAGCUGGUGGGUGGAUGUUCAUGAACUGAAAAACACUGAUUAUGACCUAAAACCUAUAUAAAUGAUAUAUAUAAGUGUGUUACUGUUAGUAAAAACACAAAUAGCCUUCA